GGCUGAUUUGUUGCAGUUCUAAGACGAGUCUUGCCAAUCAAAAAAUAAACUUUUUUGAUUGGAUGGGAAUGAAUGAAGAAAUACUAAAUCAUCGUAUAACAAAUUUUGACUUUUUUUUCUUUCCAGAAUUUUUCUUAUUUUCUAGUACAUAUAAAAUGAAACCGUGGGUCAUACCAAUUAAAUUACUUCUUUUCAAUUUUAAUGAAACAAAAAAUGUGAAUAAACAGAUCACCCUAAAGAAAAAAGGUUUUAUAUCAUCAAACGAAAACAAAUUCCUUCGGUUGUUUAAUCUAAAUAAAGAAGAAAACGAAUGGGUUGGAUUGGUAUUAGUCUGGAUACAGCAAAAUAAUUCUAUUAGGUCUAAUGUACUUAUUAGAUCUAAUAAGUAUAAGUUCCUUGUGUCAGAAUUGAGAAAUUCUAUGACUCGAAUCUUUAGUAUUAUCUUAUUUAUUACCUGUGUCUACUAUUUAGGCAGAAUACCAUCACCCAUUUUUACUAAGAAACUAAAAGGAACCUCAGAAACGGGUGGGACUAAACAGGACCAAGAGGUAUCCACCGAAGAAGCUCCUUUUCCUUCUCUUUUUUCGGAAGAAAGGGAGGAUCUGGACAAAAUCGAUGAAAUGGAAGAAAUCGGAGUGAAUGGAAAAGACAAAAUUAAUAAGGAUGAUGAAUUCCACGUUCGAACAUACUAUAACUAUAAAACAGUUUCUGAAAAUCGAGAUGGAAAUAAAGAAAAUUCGAAUUUAGAAUUUUUCAAAAUAAAAAAAAAAGAGGAUCAUUUUUUAUGGUUUGAAAAACCUUUUGUAACUCUAGUUUUCGAUUAUAAAAGAUGGAAUAGACCAAAUCGAUAUAUAAAAAAUGAUAAAAUUGAAAAUACUGUAAGAAAUGAAAUGUCACAAUAUUUUUUUUAUACAUGCCAAAGUGAUGGAAAAGAACGAAUAUCUUUUACAUAUCCCCCCAACCUUUCAACUUUUUUUGAAAUGAUACAAAAAAAGAUCCCUUCAUUUACAACAGAAAAAACACCCUCGGAUCAAGUUUAUACUUGUUGGAGUUUGGUCAAUGAAGAAAAAAAGGAAAAUUUAAAAAACGAAUUUUUAAAUAGAAUUGAAGCUUUAGAUAAGAAAUGGUCUGUUGAAAAUAUACUGGAAAAAACGACUCGAUUUUGUCAUAACGAAACUCAAAAAGAAUAUUUACCUAAAAUUUAUGACCCAUUUUUACAUGGGAUCUCGCGCGGAAGAAUCAAAAAAUUAUCUCCGUUCCAAAUCAUAACCAAAACCUAUAAAAAAAAGAAUAUAAGAGGAUCUUGGAUAAACAAAAUUCAUGGUAUACUUCUGAAGAUUAAUUCUCAAAAAUUUGAACAAACAAUAGAAAAAUUUAAAAGAAAAUCUUUAUCAAUAGAGAAAAAACUUUCUUUUUUUUCAGAACCCCAUGGUAUACUCUGACCCGAGGCCUGCUCAUAUCGAGACAAGACGGAAGCGAGGGCAGUGCAGCUCGUCGGGUUGGAUUUGCAAAAGAACAUAGUGUCAUCCGCGAAGAGAAGGUGGUUGAUUGGGGGGCAGUUGCGGGCGACCUUAACUCCUUGAAGUGUGCCGUUGUUCUGUGCUUGUUUGCAGAGACCCGAUAGAACUUCUGUACACAAGAUGAACAGGUAAGGAGAAAGAGGGUCGCCUUGACGUAACCCACGUGACGGGACAACCAAACCUUGCGGAGCUCCACGUGACGGGUCGCCUUGACGUAACCCAGAUAAAGAGAAAGAGGGUUAUGGAAUGUGUCUCUUCAGUCAGUGGCUAAUCUAAUCAUUCAAAUUAAGU